AUGUCUGCUCUUCUCACGACCGGUCUUCUGGCCGCUCUUGCCGUCUCGCCGGUGUCAGCCUUCUGGCGGCUACCGUGCAAAUCUCCCAUUGUCGUUGAGCGUGCCGACCCUAUUGUCAAUCCUGGUGCGGUAUCCGGCCACUUGCACACCAUCAUGGGGGGAAAUGGGUUUGAUUUCACCAUGGAUUAUAACUCAACCCAGCGGUCUACUUGUUCUUCUUGCACAGUCAUUGGAGAUUACAGCAACUACUGGAUCCCUGCCUUGUUCUUCCGGCACCAAAAUGGGACUUUCGAAAGUGUCGACCAAGUCGGCGGCGCUACUGUGUACUACCUACAGCGGGCUGGCGCGGGAGAGAAGUUGAAGGCUUUCCCUCCUGGCUUCCGUAUGAUUGCCGGAAAUCCUUUCAAGCGCACUGGAGGUGACGAUUUCGCAACCCAAGCCAUCAGCUAUAACUGUCUCGAUUACAAUGGCCCAGCCAAGCCAGAAACACCCAACUUUCCCAACUAUAACUGCCCCAAUGGGCUCCGAUCCCAAGUCUUCUUCCCAUCUUGCUGGAAUGGAAAAGACUUGGAUUCCCCAAAUCACAGCUCUCACGUCUCUUAUCCCGCCAAUGCUUACAACAAUGGUCCUUGUCCCGCCGAUUUUCCUGUUCAUCUUAUCUCCAUUUUCUUCGAGAUCAUCUGGGACACUGGAAAAUUCGCCGAUCAGUGGUACGGGAAUGAACAGCCAUUCGUCUGGUCCAUGGGUGACCCCACUGGUUAUGGUGGCCACGGUGACUUCGUCAUGGGCUGGGAUCCAGAUUUGCUCCAAUCUGCUGUUGACCAAUGCACCAACGACAGCGGCCGUGUUGAGGAUUGCCCGGUUUUCGAUCUCAUCCCUGAUUCACAAGCCGAAGGCUGCCGUAUUGAACCCCAAGUCGACGAGCAAGUCAGUGGUCUGCUCACAGCCUUGCCUGGUUGCAACCCUGUCCAGCCUGGCCCUACUGCAACUCCUCAAUCCGGCUGUGGCGCGACCACCACUAUCACUCCAUCCAACACGACUUUCUUCACUGACCUAACCAGCAAGGGAUGGGAAUAUAUGGGAUGUGGAACCGACAACUACUACAACCGUAUUCUGACUGGUGCAAGCCGGUCCAAUGGCCAAAUGACCAAUGAAAACUGUGUUGCUUUCUGCGAGAGCAAGGGCUUCUCUAUCGCUGGUUCGGAGUAUGCUGACGAAUGCUAUUGCGGGAACUCGAUUCCGGAUAGUGGCAAGCCCGUUCCUGGCGUUGUUGGCGCCUGCACGAUGAAGUGCGCUGGCGACGACUCCGAGUUCUGUGGUGGUGCAGGGACCAUCUCCCUUUACCAGAAAUGCUCUGGCGACUCAUGCAAAAAUGCUCAGUUCGGCCCUGGCUCUGCCCCUGUUCAAGAUGCCAAUCCUCCGCCAGUUGCCUCGUCCUCUUCUACUCCUGCUCCUCCCGCUGCUCCUUCAACUACUUCCUCAAGUGGUCCUUACACGGCACCUAGCUCUCCUACCACGCUCGCAACAGUCACGACCACCAAGGUCGGGGCCCCCACAGAGUCAUCCAAGUCGGCGCCAGCCACCACAGCUUCGCCCGCCGGAACCUCACCAUCCAAGUCUUCACCUGCUUCUUCCGCUACACCCUCGACACCCUCAACGCCCUCGGCAUCAAACCCAUCCUGGUCCUACACCGGCUGCUUCGUUGACACCGUCAACCCGCGAACCCUCCCGCAAUGGUCAAACUUCAACGGGCCGAACAUGAGGAACGACGCCUGCGUCUCAUUCUGUGAUUCGCGCGGAUAUACCAUUGCAGGCACCGAGUACGCCGGACAGUGUUUCUGUGGGAACGAGAUCACGACCCCGAUGUUGGAUGAGGGGGAGAUGUGCGGAGGACCCGGUGCGCUAAGUUUAUGGACGAAGAGCGGUUCAGGCAGCAAGAAGAUGGUCAAGAGACAGCAGCUCAGCUACAAGCCGUGGAGGAAGAUGAUGGGGUAUUGA